CGUCUGACAUGGAUGUUACAUGAGCCACUUUUGAGAGCUGCACACAAGUAUGCGUGUCACUGCUGCGUUUCCCUGGGUGAACUAGAGGAAGAUGGAUGAGUCGGCCCUGCUGGAUCUGCUGGAGUGCCCUGUGUGCCUGGAGCGGCUGGAUGCCUCUGCCAAGGUCUUACCUUGCCAGCACACGUUCUGUAAACGCUGUUUGCUGGGCAUCGUUGGUUCCCGGAAUGAACUCAGAUGUCCCGAGUGCCGGACUCUGGUUGGCUCGGGUGUGGAGCAGCUUCCAAGCAACAUCCUGCUGGUCAGACUUCUGGACGGCAUCAAGCAGCGGCCGUGGAAGCCCGGCCCUGUGGGGGGCAGUGGCACCAACUGCACCAGCGCCUUGAAGACUCAGAGCAGUGCUGUGGCCACCUGCAGCCCCAAAGAUGGCCCGAGCUCACAGGGUGGACCCCAGCCGCGGGCGCAAGCCUGGAGCCCCCCGGUGAGGGGAAUACCUCAGUUACCAUGUGCCAAAGCGUUAUACAACUACGAAGGCAAGGAGCCCGGGGACCUUAAGUUCAGCAAAGGCGACAUCAUUGUCCUGCGGCGGCAGGUGGAUGAGAACUGGUGCCACGGCGAGGUUGGCGGGGUCCACGGCUUCUUCCCCACCAGCUUCGUGCAGAUCAUCAAGCCGUUACCUCAGCCCCCGCCCCAGUGCAAAGCACUUUAUGACUUUGAAGUUAAAGACAAGGAAGCUGACAAAGACUGCCUUCCAUUUGCAAAGGACGACGUUCUAACUGUGAUCCGCAGAGUGGAUGAAAACUGGGCUGAAGGCAUGCUGGCAGACAAAAUAGGAAUAUUCCCAAUUUCAUAUGUUGAGUUUAACUCCGCAGCCAAGCAGCUGAUCGAGUGGGACCAGCCCCCCGGGCCAGCGGUUGCGGCGGGCGAGGGCACCCCGGCCACCACCCCGAGCAGCACGGCCCCCAAACAGCCAGAUGGCAAGAAGAACACCAAGAAGCGGCACUCGUUCACCUCGCUGAGCAUGGCCAGCAAGGCGUCGCAGGCCGCCCAGCAGCGCCACUCCAUGGAGAUCAGCCCCCCGGUCCUCAUCAGCUCCAGCAACCCCGCGGCCGCGGCACGCAUCGGCGAGCUGGCCGGGCUCUCCUGCAGCGCGCCCUCUCAGGUUCACAUAAGUACCACCGGCCUGAUUGUGACCCCACCCCCCAGCAGCCCCGUGACCACCGGCCCCGCAUUCACGUUCCCGGCGGAGGCCCCUUACCCAGCCACCCUGGCAACUCUGAAUCCUCCUCUCCCCCCGCCCCCUCUCCAGGCGGCCACCCCCACGGGCACUGCUGUUGCUGCUGCCGCCGGGAUGGGCCCCAGGCCCGCAGCUGGACCCACUGACCAGACCACACACCCGCGGCCACAGCCCCGCCCCAGCGUGUAUGUUGCCAUUUAUCCUUACACUCCCCGGAAAGAGGACGAGCUGGAGCUGCGGAAGGGGGAGAUGUUUCUCGUGUUCGAGCGCUGCCAGGACGGCUGGUUCAAGGGGACAUCCAUGCACACCAGCAAGAUUGGGGUUUUUCCUGGCAAUUACGUGGCCCCCAUCACGAGGGCCAUGACCAGUGCUUCCCAAGGCAAAGUCCCCAUGUUGACGACUGGCCCAGUGAGUCGCGGGGGGGUCCCGGCCAACCCUCCCCCCGCAGGCGGACCUGCCCAGAAGUCCCCGGGGAAUGGCAUGGCUGGCGGUCCCGGGGUCCCCACAGCCGUGGUGUCAGCAGCUCAUAUCCAGACAAGCCCCCAGGCUAAGGUCCUGCUGCACGUGUCUGGACAGAUGACCGUCAACCAGGCCCGGAGCGCUGCAAGGACAGUCUCGGCGCACAGCCAGGAGCGCCCCACGGCGGCCGUGACACCUAUCCAGGUUCAGAGCACCCCGGGGCAGCCCCACCACCCCCUGGCGUCGCCGCAGCCCCCUGCCCCGCUGGGCCCCCCUGCCCACGCGGCUGCCAGCGGCCUGGGCCGUGUCGGAGGCCCCCUGGCCUGUGCCACAGCCCCAGCGAGCAUCCCCGCCGCCUCCCUGGAGCCUGAGCCCAGCGGCCGCCCCGCAACCCUGCUCCCGGGAACACCCACCUCCCCUGACAGCGGCUCGGCAGCCAGGCCAGACAAGGACGGCAAGAAAGAGAAAAAGGGGCUGUUGAAGCUGCUGUCUGGGGCCUCCACCAAGCGCAAGCCCCGGGGAUCACCGCCGGCCUCACCCACGCUGGAUGCUGAGCUGGGGGCCGAGCUGUCCUGCGGGCCCCCGGGCGCCCCCUGCGCCUGCCCCGGGCCCUGCGAUGCGGACGCCGUGGCCCCUGGCCCCCAGCGCAGGGCCUGCUCCCUGGACUCUGCCCCUGUGGCGCCACCUCCCCGGCAGCCCUGCUCAUCCCUGGGCCCCGCGGCCAGUGAGGUGCGGCCCGCCGUGUGUGAGAGACACCGGGUGGUGGUCUCCUACCCACCGCAGAGCGAGGCAGAGCUGGAGCUCAAGGAGGGCGACAUCGUGUUCGUGCACAGGAAGCGGGAGGACGGCUGGUUCAAGGGCACGCUGCAGCGGAAUGGGAAGACGGGGCUCUUCCCUGGGAGCUUCGUGGAGAACAUCUGAGGAGCGCCGGGGCGGGACCGCAUCUGUCUCCACCUCCCUCCGAUGGCCUGCGGGCACUUCGCCCCUUUCCGUGGCCACCUGCCACCUGCCUUGUGCUGUCUGAUUCACUCCACAGAGGCACCUAGCUGAGACGGACAACUGUUUACAAGGCUUAACUAAUUUAUUUGCUUUUUUAAACUUGAAUUUUUCCUGUAAUAGAUGAAUUCUUUGGAUUAUGAUUUUGAGAAGUUAUUAAUUUAUGGAACAGUAGCCGAUGAGAGGCUGGGUGACCCCCUGUUGGGAGCAGCAGAGUCCCCUCGGUGCAGAAGAUGCCCCAGGGCUUCCCUGCUGGCUCAGUGGUAAAGGCGGCCCCACCCUCCCGGGCUCACUCCCCCGCUUUGGGUCACAGAUGCCGGGUGUCGCGCUUGGCUGUCUCUCUGGGAAGUCAGCGCCCGCAAGUGAACCCAAGGCACUGAGGGAGUCCCCGGGUGGCGAGGUGGGAACCUGUCUUUCUGGUUGGGCCUGGAGUCACCCCAGAACCCAGUCCUCACUUUAAUCGUGAGGGUCUCCGAUUUCCUAGGAGGAGGGAUAAAGCACAACCCUUGGGGAGCUCGUGUUCAGAGAUAGGUUUAGUUGCAUUAGAAGCGGCUCAGCUCUGUGGCUGGACAUCGAAGAACCGCGGUUGCGCCCUGUCUGCGGACAGCCCUGCAUGUCCCCGCGCUGUCACCGCAGGCGGCCUCCGUGUGUGGUGCAGAAGGGCCCCCUGAGGGCCACAGGCGUUCACGGGGCGCUUCCCAUGCCCCCCACCCCCGGGUGGGGCUGGACCCCACACAGAGGCCGCAGGGGACGCCGCGGCCCUGCGGCUGGGCCGGGCAGCCCCUCGUCUGCCCAGGUCACCCCGAGCUCCUGUCCCCAGGCGGCCGAGGCCAGGGCUGCGCCCCUUGCAGGACACGGGUGGGCUGAGCCCACAACGCCCACCGCCCCCACCCCAGCCAGCCACAUAGCCUGGCCCAGGGCCCCUCGCAGCCGAGCCAGGGAAGGGGCCUGGCAGCGGCAGAGGCUGCGACCACAGUUUUCUCGUGAGAAAGCAGAAACAAAACCCUUCUCAUUUUUUACCUUUAAGAAUUACAACUAGGGAGUCAAAACAUGAACUGAGAGUCUUCUUGCAAGCAGUUUUAUGGUCUUAAAGAGAUAUAUUAUGUGGCUGAAAUGAAAUCAUUCCUAAAUUAACCAUUUUUUAUAAGACACUGUACAUUAUGUUCCUGUGUAUUGAAUUUUUAAAAAAAAAAAUACUGGGAUAUUCAUGUAAUAUAUAAAGUUUUGGUGAAAUGAACUUCAGCUAGAAAAAAAAAGCUGCCAUCAGCUUUCAUCUGUGUAAGUUGACACCAAUGUGUCAUAAUAUUCUUUAUUUUGGGAAAUUAGUGUAUUUUAUAAAAAUUUUAAGAAGUAAAAAGACUACUACCGGAUAAGAUCACUUUUUUACCUGUCUUUUCUCCAUAUUUUAAGCUAUGUGAUUGAAGUACCUCUGUUAAUAGAUUCCUGGUAUGAAGUUGGUUAAAAUUUCAUCUGUUAAUAGAUCACUUAGAUAAUAUAAUGUAUGGGUUUUCUGUUGGUUUUUGGGCACAGUAGAUGGAGACUUUGUAACAAGGGCUUGUUACUUGGUGAUAGGGUAAUGAUAAAAUUGCAGUUUAUCAUUCCUUUUCAUGUUAAUAAUUUGAAGACUGGAGAAAAGGUUCAAGAUUAAAAUUUGAUGUUCAAACUUUA